GAUACAAACGGAUUUAAUGAGAGACUCAGGGGUUACACAGACUCAUUAUCUGCCGCGUCACUGGAGUUGAGCUCUCCCCGCCAUUAGGAGGUUAAAACGCAGGCAAUUGCCCCAGCUAAGAUGGCGGCGGGGUUGGGCUAAGCGGAAGUACGUCAAAGCAGGGCGGAAACGUGGCGGUUCCGGGCGGGGUUGGCAAAUAACGGGAUCAGGGAAGGCGGAAGUGGCGGGUAAGGAAAAUUUCCUUGUGGAGGUGUUUGUUACACAGGGAUCUGUUGGGCCCGGACCGCUUCAUCCUGAAGGUUGGGCUUCCCAGGGGUCGGUGUAUGAGCAGAGAAUGAGCAGCCGCUUGUGUGGUGUCCAGCCCCACAGAGACCAUGUCAGAAACAAUAAGUGAGAAGACCCCAGUGGCUCCUUUGAGUCUCGGCCUCAUUUCUUCCCACAACGAUCUCCUGCCCCCCAAGAGCCUCCAGAUCUACCCCCAGGGGGACGUGCACAGCAACAUGGGGUUGGUCCGGGCAGAAGUGGUGGGCGGAGCUCCGUCAGAGCAAACUAAGCCCAAAUGGUACAAGGAGGGGCAGAACCAGCUGCGCAAGGCUGCAGAGAACAUGAAGGAGGAUCAGAACUGUAACCCAAAUACUGACAAUUGUGACUGGGCCAAUGACAACCAGAGCAAGGAGGCCAAACACCAUGAGAUAUGUGCCCUAAACUGCGCCAACCUGAGCAGCCUGCACAGCACCCCCCUCCUCAUUCAGCCCCCCAAUGGAGAUGAGGAGGAUGAUGUUACCCCGGCUAAGAGUGAGCUCACCGACCCCUUCACCACAGAAACCUCUGAGCCGAGCUCUGAUUUGUUGGAUCUCCAGAUACAGGAGAGCGGGAAAGAGACGCGGGAUGGGGGGCGCAGUGCCAGUUUAUUGUUUGGCAUGAGAAAUAAUGGGGGCAGCGACGAGGAUUCCAGCUGGGCAACUUUAUCCCAAGGAAGCCCCUCCUACAGCUCCCCCGAUGACUCAGACGGUUUCUGGACUCGGAAUUCUCUGGACACAGAUUUGCCCUCAGGGUGGAUGAGGGUGCAGGACACGUCAGGAACAUACUACUGGCACAUCCCCACUGGUACCACUCAAUGGGAACCCCCUUCUGAGCUGUGUAAUGGGGAGCACAGGUUGUACCCCUUCUCUGAUGAACACACACCUACUGAGGAGGAGAGUUACUCGGAGGAGCUGCUGGCUAUUGGCCAGUGUGAGGGGGAGGGGACCAGUGGCAUGGAGCAGUUGUCCAGCGUAAGCACACCCACAGAGGGGGGAGAGGAUUCCCAGCCUGAGACAUGUUCUGGGGCCCAGACAUUCCCUGUGCACUGUCUCGGCUGGGUGGAGAUGACAGAAGAGGAUUUGGCUCCUGGAAGAAGUAGCGUUGCUGUGAAUGGCUGUAUCCGCCAGUUGUCUCUGCACAGCUCCUCCCAUGCCCAGAUGAAGGAGAUGCUUCUGGUGUUGGAUCAGGAUUCUCUGAAGCUAUUGGACGCUUCAGAACAGACUCUGCUCCACUCUCAGCCAAUCGUCAGUAUCCGAGUUUGGGGCGUUGGGAGAGAUGACGGCAGGGAAAGGGACUUUGCUUAUGUUGCCAGAGACAAACUGACUCAACUGCUGAAAUGUCACGUGUUCCGUUGUGAGGCUCCUGCUAAAGCCAUAGCCACUGCUCUGCAUGGAGUCUGCUCUCAGAUCAUGGCGGAGAGACGCAGCACUCGCCCCCUCAUCAACGGCCUCUUACUGGAUCACUCCCGAUUGGUGGAUAUUCCUUUCCAAGUCGAGUUCCCGGCUCCAAAGAACGACUUAGUUCAGCGCUUCCAAGUCUUCUACCUUGGCAACGUGGCAGUUGCUAAGCCCGUGGGGAUGGAGGUCAUUAACAACACGCUGCAGACUGCACUGAGUAGGUGUAAAGCCGAAUGGAUUCCUGUCACUGUUAAUGUGGCGUCUGCAACUGUCACAAUCAUUCAGCAGCAGACGGAGGAGCCGCUGAGUGAGUGUCGGGUCAGAUUCCUGUCGUUCAUGGGGGUCGGGAAGGACGUUCGUACAUUUGCUUUCAUCAUGGCCGAGGCCCCGGGGUUGUUCAUGUGCCACAUGUUUUGGUGUGAGCCCAACGCGGCCCCCCUUUCUGAAGCCGUUCAAGCUGCCUGUAUGCUGAGGUACCAGAAGUGUCUGGAUGGUCGGCCCCAAGGCUCCUCGUGUCUCCCCACUCCCCCCGCAGACUCCGUGGCUCGCAGGGUGGGCUCCAGUGUCAGACGGGGGGUCCAGUCCAUACUUGGCUCCUUCAAAACAAAACGUCCCGGAGGGCAAACGCCGUGACUUGGACAAGACUCCGCCCCCUAACUGGCUCCUCCCUGCAACGUCUCUUCCUUAUGGGGGGCUCUUCUUAAUGGGGGGCUCCCCUAUGUAAUCUCUCUUGUUGUCCCACUGUAAAGAUUUGGGGCUCCUCCCAGAACUGGAAGCGGCAGAGACUAUUACUAGUGAUGCUGGACUGACCCGUGGGCUGCGUUGUUGUUGUCUACUUGCAGUUGUUUGUGUUGUUGUUUGUGUAAUUGUGAUAGACACUCCUAAUGUAGUAACACAUUGAGUACUAGAGAAUGCUGCUAAUCUCUGCCUUGUAACCUGUGCCACUACUGUACCCCCAGGGCCUUCCCAGCUCUUAUUAAUAUUAUUAUUAUUUAUGAACUAUCUAAUCAAACCUCUACUAAUGUCCAGCCGCUUCACUUACCUGCCCCAUUCAGGAGCUCUACGAACCACACUUGUUUACCCCACUGCCCUCACUCUGAGACCCCUCUCCAGCCAGCCACCCCCAUACAGACUGUCAGUGUAUGUCAUCCCAUGUCUCCACCUCUGACUGUUUAAGUUGAGGCUGUCUCUUCACUCUGCUCAUCCUGAGGUGGACCUGUCCUUCUCUUCAUCCUGAGGUGGACCUGUUCUUCUCUUCAUCCUGAGGUGGACCUGUCCUUCUCUUCAUCCUGAGGUGGACCUGUACUUCUCUUCAUCCUGAGGUGGACCUGUUCUUCUAGUUAUCCUGAGGUAGACCUAUGUGGAGGGCCCAACUAAACCAGACUAGAAGAACAGGUCCACAUCAGAAUGACUAGAAGAAACAGGUCCACCUCAGGAUGACUAGAAGAAACAGGUCCACCUCAGGAUGACUAGGCUGGAUGGACAGUCAGUCUCAGCUAAGACAGAUCAGAGGACGUGGCCUAUCCUUAAUGACUAGAGUGGAGGGAUAGUCCCAGAUAGGAAUGAGUAGGGUGGAGGGACACUGCUACUGUACAUGACCUACUCAUUAUGGGAAGGGCAUGGCCUCCAUCUGGCUUAGCUGAGACUAUCUCACCAUCCUAGUCAUUCUGAGGAGGCUCUUGGGCUUGGAACACCAAAGUGCCCUCAGUUUGUGUGAGAGGGUACCCACUUCAGCCCUACAUGGAGGUACAGUCUGUGCCCUUGGCUUGUAUGUUAUGUGGGUGAGGGUGCAUGUCUAUAAUGUGUUAGAGAGGUGGGUGAUGUGUUUAAGCUCCUGGGUGUCCAGUCUUGUAUCCCAUGGACAGCCUCUGUCUGGUACAUCCUAAUGCAACUCCCCAAUCCCUGGCCAUAAAUGACCAAGCUUUGGCCCAUGUCUGAGCAGUGGGGGCUCUCAAGCUUAAUGGCGGAGGUCUUGUGUGGCUAAAAUAUGGGGCAGAUAUACAAACACUACAUAGCAACAUGGGCCCCCGCCUCCUUGGUCUUUAAGCUCCGCCCCAGGCGAGCUUUGUGUUUUUUUCAUCCAAUUACAAUAAAGUAAUAACAAGAA